UGUGGUCCCAAUGAAAGAAGGACGGAGCGCCGAGCUAACCCUCCAUUGUCGGCUGGUUGCACGUCGUCAGUAGAUUCAUACAGCAGUUGAGGAUCGUGACUGAAAAUGACAGACUUACAAGCUAACUUUGAUGUGGCCGCAGCUGAAGUAAAGCAGCUGAAGGCGAAACCUUCUGAUGAUGAGAUGUUGCUGCUCUAUUCCUUGUUUAAGCAAGCCACCGUGGGAGAUGUUAACACAGCUCGUCCUGGAAUGCUUGAUUUUACUGGAAAAGCUAAGUGGGACGCCUGGGAGAAGCAGAAAGGCAAAAGCAAAGAGGAUUCCAUGAAUGAGUACAUCAAGCUGGUAGAAGAGCUAAAGCAGAAGCAUGGAAUCUAAUCACUGCCAAUGAGUCAGGACGGCUGCUGCACAGAUUUGGACUUUGUCCAAUAAUUUCUUCCAAUGAACCUGUUUAAACACUAUUUUAAUAAAGCCGAGGAUCCUCUACUUAUAAUGGCUAUAAUCGGUGGCAUGAAGUUCUCCUAAUGUUGCAGUGCUAGUUAGAAAUUGCCUUCAACUUGCUUUUUAGUGUUAUUAUAAUGUCCAUUGUCAUUUCAAAGUAAAAUAGCUGCUCUUAAAACAUGUGUUGUGUACACCCAAACUCCUAAUGUUUCUACUGUCCAGGACAGCUGCCUGGACCUGAAAAAGAUUAUUUUCUAUGGGUUCCCACCACUGCAUUCUACUACUAAUAUACAAAUAAAUCUGGAUUUCUCAAUUAAAGACAUGGCUGGUAAUAAAGCUGAGGAUCCUCUUCUCAUAAUGGUUAUCAAUGGCAUGAAGUUCUCCUAAUGUUGCAGUGCUAGUUAGAAAUUUGCUUUUUACUAUCAUAAUGUCCAUUGUAAUUUCAAAAUAAAAUAACUCCUUAAAACAA